GUGGUAGCCACUUCAUGUCACACGCAGCGCGUACUCUUCUUCGUUCUUUGCCAUUGUUUCGACUGGCAUCACCGGUCAAAAGAUUCGGAUACGGUCAAAGAAUCGCCAUGGCAAGCAUCUCAACCAGCUCCUCCGGAGCUAAUGGAGGUAAACAGACUGCCUGGCACGGUGCUGGCGCUGCUGAAUUCGACAUGAGGAGUGACACCAUGACCAAACCAACCCCGGCCAUGCUUGAAGCAAUAUGUCAAACCACUCUUCUUGAUGACGUCUUUAAUGAGGAUCCUGUCACAAAUUCGCUACAGCAAUACGUGGCUGAUCGGGCCAAGCACGAGGACGCGUUAUUAGUGAUGUCAGGCACAAUGGGUAACCAGGUCGCGAUACGAACCCAUUUAGUGCAGCCUCCCUACUCAGUCAUCUGCGACCAACGGUCUCACAUUAUCUGCUACGAAGCUGGAGGAGUCAGUGCCUGGACCGGGGCAAUGGUCCAGCCUAUUGCUCCCAAAAAUGGCACCUAUCUUACUUUGGAAGACAUUCAAAAGUAUGCCGUACUAGAUGACGAUAUCCACCACUGUCCUACGAAGCUUAUUAGCUUGGAAAACACCUUGGAUGGUAUGGUCAUGCCUCUUGAUGAAGCUCGUCGAAUAGCAGAUUGGGCGCAUGACAAUGACAUUAAGGUGCAUCUGGACGGUGCAAGGCUUUGGGAAGCUGUGGUGUCCGGAGCGGGGAGCCUACCCGACUAUGCCAGUCUGUUUGAUAGCGUGAGUCUCUGCUUUUCUAAAGGACUGGGAGCGCCCAUUGGGAGCAUUAUCGUGGGUUCCAAACAAUUUAUCAGGAAAGCACGGUGGUUCCGCAAAUCAAUUGGGGGUGGUACUCGCCAAGCUGGAGUGAUUGCGGCAGCAGCUCGAGUUGCGGUUGAAGAAACAUUUGGGCCAGAUCCCCAUGGGCAUGAAGGAAAACUGCGUGACACGCAUCUCAAAGCGAAAAGAGUUGCUGAUCUAUGGACGAGUCGCGGGGGGAAGCUCCUACACCCUGUGCAAACCAACAUGAUCUGGUUGGACCUUGAAUCGUCCGGCGUGGGACCCAACGAUCUUGCGGAAAUUGGGAAUGAAAAAGGCCUGAAGUUGCUGGGAGGGCGGAUCGUCGUUCACUAUCAGGUAUCCGACGAGGCGAUCGCCCGGUUGGCGCAGGUGUUUGAAGUCGCGAUGAGUGGGGAAUACCAACGUAGUUACGACCAAAGUAAACCAUACGGAAUGAAAACCUAGCCAGAUACCUGUAAUUUGUACAUGGAUAUGCGAUUGCAAAGAGAGUAAUAUAUAUGAGACUAUUCCAUGGGAAAAUGAACAUCAAUUCCCGACCCUUGUGACUGCUGCAGCGAUCCGUGGAUGCCUCCCGC